UCCCUCUCUCGAUCGAUAGAAGGUUCCGAAUCAGAAAGAGAUCGACGGAGCACCAAAUCUUUCUUUCUCAGCAUCAUCAUUGCCUCAAAAGUUCUGCAUCAGGUUUUGCGGAUAUCGGAGAAGAACGAAGGAACAAAAAGAAAGAGAUCGACGGAGUUCACCAGACCUUUUCGUUCUCAGCAUCGCCAUUGUUCUACGUCAGGUCUUGUUGAUAUCGAAGAAGUACGAAAGAACAAAAUGCGACGAGAUGGGCGGGGUUCAUCAGCUAAGCAUGGAAACAUCCGGAAGAUCACUUGGAGGAUCAAAGCCGAGCGGUAUCAGAGCCAACGAGCGCAUCCGUUUGAUAUGUUACAAGAAGAAAAUGAAAAUCUCCUUGAUAAGGUUCGCUGUCUACUAUACAAGAAGAAACUUUCUGCACCCAAAUCCAUAGUCAUGGAGAGAUUGGCAGUAGCAGAUGGAGCAAUCAAGGAGAUGCGCAAUGGGGGAGAAACGAAAGUGCUUGUCGACUCUUUGACGAUGCCCAUCCUUCCAAUGAAAGGAGCAAACAAGGAUUCUCGAUACAAAGAACAAGAAUUAGGAUACCUAGCUGUAGGCAGCAGAAUAACUACCGAUGAUCCAAAAAUUGGUGAAAGUAAGAGCCCAGUAGCAGAUGAAGUUGGCCAUCUGAGGUAUGUCUAUUUUCCCUUCCUCAUACUUGCUCAGGUUCUAUUGCCUUCAACCAGACUGGGACUCCUGAGAUGGAAUGAGAGAGGGUUCACAGUGUGCACGACAGUUAAGCAUGGUGGACUGGAAGGAUGCAGCUGUCAGCUCAGAAAGCUGCCUUAGAAAUCGAGACCAAAGAGGCUGUGCGAAUUCUUCAAAGUGGUGAUUCAGAAGAUUUACCUGAAAUAGUGGAGGGGCAAACAAGUUCCUAUGAUAAUAUUACAGAAACAGAAGGAACACAAGAUGGUUAUGAUGAUAACAAAAUUGCAGAUGUAUACUUGCAAAGGGCAUUAUCUGUUCUUCUUGAUG